GCACGCUCCUACCCGGCAGUCGGGUGUCCCCAAGAAGAGCUGGGGAGCCGGGGAGCGCCUGGGGCUUGUGGCUGCUGGGCACCCAGGCUGACCCAACCAGGAGACUGGAAGCUGGGGGCACAGGAUGGCCUCCCCGCGAGCUGUACAGCUGUCUCUGAGAAAGCCGACUCAUGCCACGUGUGUGGUGGGUGUGGAGACACUAGUGGACGUCUACAGUGAUGUGCCCAAACGUGCCAAGACCUUUGGGGUGUCCGGGAGCUCUGAGGUGAAGAUCUACGUGGUCUACGAUCCCUCACCAGUGGCAGAGCCCGCAGGCCGGGCCCACUGGCCCCUGGAUGCUAAUGUGGACGUGGUGGUGGUGGCAGACAGAGUCAGUAAGGACUUACAUGACCUCAAGGUGAAGGUAUCGUACUUUGAGUCACAGGAGGCUGCUGCCCUGGCCCACAGCGUGCUCUACCUCACUGCUGUUGAUGUGUCCCUCGAUGUCGACACAGGCCGCACAGGCAAGGUGAAGAGAGGCUCUGGUGACAAGAAAACCUGGCGCUGGGGUUCCAGGGGCUCCGGGGCCAUCCUGUUGGUAAACUGUGACAGAGAUAUCCACGGGUCCAGGGAGGACCUGCACGCCAGCCAUUUGAGGUCACUGGAGGACCUGCAGGACAUGUCCCCAAUGGUGCUGAGCUGUGGCGGCCCUGAUGAGCUUUUUGAGAGCCACAAGCUGGUCUUGAAGGCGUCUUUGCCCGAUUCCAGAAGACUGAAAGUCUUCUGUGCCCGGGGUGGGACCUCCCUCUCCAACUACAAACAGGUGCUAGGGCCCCGUCACAACUCCUAUGAGGUGGAACGGCGUCCCGGCGAGAGGGACAUCCAGUUCUACGUGGAAGGACUCACCUUCCCCGACGCCAAUUUCUCAGGGCUGCUCUCUCUCAGCGUCAGCCUGGUGGACACACGGCCCCUCUCCGAGGUGUCAGUCUUCACGGACAGCGUGACCUUCCGAGUGGCACCCUGGAUCAUGACCCCCAACACCCAGCCGCCCCUGGAGCUGUAUGUGUGCAGCGUCACAGAUAUUCAUGGCCGCAAUGACAAGUUCCUGGAGGACAUGUCCCACCUGGCCAUGAAGGCCAACUGCAAACUUGUAGUCUGUCCCCGGGUGGAAAAUCACAAUGAUCGCUGGAUCCAGGAUGAAUUGGAGUUUGGCUACAUUGACUCCCCUCACAAAUCCUUUCCUGUGGUCUUUGAUUCCCCCCGAAACAGAGGCUUGAGAGAAUUUGCCUUUAAGAAGAUCCUGGGUCCUGACUUUGGAUACGUGACCCGGGAGAUCGAGUUCGCAGGUGCCUCUGGCCUGGAUUCCUUCGGCAACCUGGAUGUGAGCCCGCCGGUGAGGGUGGGCAACAAGGAGUACCCCCUCGGCAGAAUCCUCAUCGGUGGCAGCUUCCCCAAGUCCAGCGGGCGGCGGAUGGCCAAGGUGGUACGUGACUUCCUGCAGGCCCAGCAGGUGCAGGCUCCUGUGGAACUCUACUCCGAUUGGCUUUCUGUGGGCCACGUGGAUGAGUUUCUGAGCUUCGUGCCCACCUCUGACCAAAAGGGCUUCCGGCUACUCCUGGCCAGCCCUAGUGCCUGCCUCCAGCUGUUCCAGGAAAAGAAGAAGGAGGGCUAUGGGGAGGCCCAGCAGUUUGAUGGCCUCAAGCAUAAGGCAAAGAGAAGCAUCAAUGACAUCUUAGCUGACAGGCACCUCAGGAGGGACAGUGCGCAUGUGCAGGAAUGCAUUGACUGGAACCGCGAGGUGCUAAAGCGGGAGCUGGGCCUCUCCGAGAGCGACAUCGUGGACAUUCCUCAGCUCUUCUUCCUGAAGGGAGCCUACGCAGAAGCCUUCUUUCCUGACAUGGUCAACAUGGUGGUCCUCGGGAAGUACCUGGGCAUCCCUAAGCCUUUCGGGCCCAUCAUCAAUGGUCGCUGCUGCCUGGAGGAGAAGGUGCGCUCCCUGCUGGAGCCGCUGGGUCUGCGCUGCGUCUUUAUCGACGAUUUUCUCUUUUACCACCAGCUGCUCGGAGAGAUCCACUGUGGCACAAAUGUGCGGAGGAAACCUUUUACCUUUAGGUGGUGGAACUCCGUGCCCUGAGCCUGCCCGACCACCACCCUUGCUUCCUAGCUGAUGGGAGUCCCAGGGCAAGGGCAAGGAUCUCAAACCAGCCUCCACCCUCCUGGAGCCUGAAAGCGGGCUGUCUACUGUGGUCAGCUGGGCUCCAGGAGGACAACACACUUCGUUUCUGGAGUCGCCUGUUCUGCCCAGGAAACUAUCGCCACUUUUCCUUCUCCCUUUCCCAGCCAGAGCCCCCCAGAGGGUCAAGGUAGGAAGCGGAGCCUGUUCAAGCCGUGGCCUAUGUGGCCACGCCCAUUUGAUCUAUUUUCACCCCUCCCCCCUCUGGACACCUCUCUGGAGCCUGAGAAAAGUAAUUCUGGAGCUGGUUCAGAAAUGCCCACCAUGCCAGGACCCUGGGGCAAGAGUGGUUUCAUAUGACUCUUGGAUUGCGUCAUGAAAAGGAAGAUUUGGGGUGUCCUUUUCCUUAAAGGACCUCAGGCCAUCGCCCUCUGGCACCUGUCAGCUCAAUGUAGACAAGCAAGGGCAGGAAAGUCCGUCCUUAAAAUCGGGCAGGCACAAAAGCCCCUCUAAUGCCCAACUCCAUCCAGCCCGACCUCUGCAGGAUGCUUGUUACCUGUCGGGGCAGCCUUUAAUUAUGAACCCUGGUGCUUCCUGUUGGAAGACGCUGCGGGGCAUAGGGAGGCCCUCGGAAGUCUGCAAGCGUGGGUGGCAGUGGGGAGGGGUGGGCAGGAAGGUCAGACCAGGAAGGCAGAGAGGUUGCCCAUCUUGGGGUGGGGAAACCUGAAAGCCUGAGACUCGUGGCUGGGUGUUUGGGGUCCCUGAACUUGAAGGGUGCUAGUCCAGAUGUGAAGGGGUGGGGCCCAAGGUAUGAGGAGAGGGUGGGGUAGGCCAUCAAGUUACAUCUGGAGUUGAGGCCUAAUUUCCUCUAAUAGUCUCUAAUUACUCCCUAACCUGCUGCAGGCAGUGGGAAGGGAGGGCCCACAGUCCCCCAGCAGCCCGGGACCCUACACCCUACACAACACUUAUACUGCCCCAGUAAACUCCACGGCAGGCUUGUGUCCCCCUUCCACAGUAAGACAGACAGCUAGCCUGGAGGCUAUUAGCUCGGUGUGAGGUCACAGAGACGUGUGUAGACAAGCAGGCAGGCAGCCCCCGGCUGCAAGGCAUGACUGGCAGAGGCCUGCCAAGGAGCCACCACAGGCUGCUGGAUUCUGUCUUUAUGUUUUUAGUAGCUUCUGGUCCACCCCAGACUUGAGGCAGCUCCUGUCACUUCGUAACCACUGGACACUCAAUUAGUGAAGAUUUCCGUGGAACUGUAGGCUAGGCAUGGCCAGGUAGGCAUUGGCUCUUCCCCCUUUCCAGAAGGUUCUGUGGAACUGGAACCCCAUUUGUAGGCUCCCUGCACCAACACCCUCCUCUAUGAUCAUGGCCCGGCUGAGGCUGAGCCACGGAGAAGGAGAAGAAGAAGAUAAAGGAGGAAGAGAAGGGUUGGGAGCAGGGCCUGGCCUCUGAAGAGAGGAGACUACAGAGUCCUGGCCAUCGAGCAUGGGAGCAAGUCUUCAGGCCGCGUGAGGGGGGCUCUAGAGUUGCUGCUCAGGCUGACUGGCCACCCUCGUUCUCAUCAAUAAAAACAUCGUUGUGCAUUAUU